GCUUUCGCUCGUGCCACUCCUUCGUUCGUUGCAAGUUGGCCGAGUUGUUUACAAAUUUUAAAAUUUUCGUUCACUCGCCAAUUCUUCAUUUUACUGCCCUGAAAAUGUCUGACAACGAUAGCAGAAAUUCUGAAUCUUCAUCCAGCGAUGAGGAAAAGAAGAGGCCUAGUAAGUCGACUAAAAAGAGCAACAGCCCUCCACCUCUUAAGGAGACCUCUUCAAAGAGAAAGGAUGAGUCGUGUGUAGAUGAACAAGAAAAACCAGACCAGGAGGAUAAGCUACAACCUCCUCCAGCAAAGAAGAAAUUGCAAAUAGAUUUGCGUUACCAGCAACUGUACCUGGACAACUUGCCCUGUGCUGAAGCGUACGAGAAGAGCUACAUGCACCGUGAUGUGGUCACUCAUGUUGCUGUCACAAAGACCAAUUUUAUAAUAACUGGUAGCUGUGACGGCCACGUGAAAUUUUGGAAGAAGUCUGAGGAACUUGUCGAGUUUGUGAAACACUUCAGAGCUCACCUCGGUGCAAUAAAUGACCUUGUUGUGAACCACAGUGGCGCCCUUUUGUGCACAGUAGCUGCUGACAAAACCAUGAAGAUUUUCGACGUUAUCAAUUUUGAUAUGAUCAACAUGAUCAAACUGGACUUUGUCGUUCGGUGCGCUGAGUGGAUCCACUUGCCAGGAGAUGCAAUUUCUACAAUUGCUGUCUCAAAUUCGGAGAAUAACAAAAUUUAUGUUUACGACGGCCAAAGCAGCAGCACAGAACAUGUCCAUUGUUUUGAACAUUUGCAUGCAAAACCUGUUGUGAUCAUGAAGAUCAACAUCCCUUUUGCCACCGUUGUGUCUGUUGACCAAGCUGGAAUAAUUGAAUACUGGAUGACCUACAAACAUCAGUUCAAGUUUCCUACUUUUGUCCAGUUUGAGUCAAAGCUUGACACAAGCUUGUAUGAAUUUGCCAAAAACAAAACCUAUCCUACUGGGCUCAGCUUCUCUCCUGACGGUCAACUGAUGGCCACUUUGGCUGUAGACAGAAAAGUUCGAAUUUUCAAAUUUCUUACAGGGAAGCUGAAAUUAGUGAUAGAUGAAAGUCUCCCACGAUACUCUGAAUUGCAGCAGGCAGAUCCUCAAAUUCCGCACAUGGAAUUUGGCCGAAGGAUGGCCGUCGAAAGAGACAUAGAGAAACAUGAAGUCCAGGGAAAUAUUUUAUUCGACGAAUCGGGCAGUAUGGUUUUGUACUCGACUAUGCUGGGUGUCAAGAUUGUCAGCAUCAAGACUGGCAAAGUUCUGCAGACCAUUGGCAAACAAGAAAACUUGAGAGUUUUGAAAUUUGCGCUUUUCCAAGGAAAACCAAGGAGAGUAAAAGCUGCAGUAACUGUUGAGAUGGAGGCCUCGGAAAAUCCCACUUUAGACAAUGCACAAGCAGAUCCUAUGCUUGUGUGCACUGCUUUCAAGAAAAACCGAUUCUAUCUCUUCUCUAGACGAGAGCCAAUCGAAUCUAAAUCUGUGGAUGCAGACCGAGACGUCUUUAAUGAAAAGCCUUCCAAGGAGGACAUCAUAGCGGCCACUGAGGCGUCUGCUACCCAGAGAAUUUUCAACAAUGCCAUUAUCCACACUACCUACGGAGACAUCCAUGUUAUGUUAUUCAGCAAAGAGUGUCCGAAGACGGUUGAGAAUUUCUCUGUCCAUGCUAAGGAUGGUUACUUCAAUGGUCACAUCUUCCAUCGUGUCAUCAAAUCUUUCAUGAUUCAAACAGGAGAUCCUACCGGCACUGGGACCGGUGGUGAGAGCAUUUGGGGAGGAGAAUUCGAAGACGAGUUUCACCCAACCUUGAAGCACGACCGCCCUUAUACCCUGAGCAUGGCAAAUGCUGGUCCAAACACUAAUGGCAGUCAGUUUUUCAUCACAGUGACGCCGACGCCAUGGCUCGACGGCAAGCAUACAAUCUUCGGUAGAGUAAUAAAAGGAAUGGAAGUGGUCCAAAAUAUCAGCAAUGUAAAAGUAGAUGCUAAGACUGACCAGCCAGUCGAAGACAUUUCCAUCAUGAGUGUAACUGUUAAAUAAAGCCAAAAUUUUAAGUUGUUUUGACAUUUCGCAUAAAUA